ACACACACACAUCCACACACACAGACACAAUCAGGCAAACGGAGGGGAAACACACUUCAGCUGUUCAGCUCUCUCUGCUUUUUACUUCUGCUUUUCAAAAGGGUAAUACAUUUAAGAUUAAAUCUUGACAUUCUGCUUGAAACUACACAAGAUUCAACUGCGUGCGAGACCUCUCCACCAAUCACUGGGAGCUUUGACCUGUCCCAAGGAAAUGGAUCUCCAUCUACUCCAUCUACAGCAUCGAUAGUGCCAUAAACCAUGGCUGAACCACCACCUCCACCUGCACCACCUCCUCCUCCUCCUCCUCCACCGCCUCCUCCACCACCCCCAGGACCGCCCGGCGGGGGGAAGCUGAUCUCCCGCGGAUCCAGAGCAGGUUCUAAGAUGAGGAACUUCAACUGGGAGGCCAUACCUCAGGACACAGUGCUGGGCAAACACAAUAUUUGGACAGCAGAGAAGAAGAAGGAGUACGAGCUCGACACGCAGCGCAUGGAGGAACUGUUCAGCCGCAGUGACCAGCGUGAUGGUCAGGUUCAGGCAUCCAAGCGAAGAAGUAUAAGAGGCAUGCCGAACAACACCCAAGGAUCUGAAAUGGUGUCAAUUCUUGGCUCCAAGAAGAACAUGAACAUCAGCAUUUUCCUCAAGCAGUUCAAACGGUCAAUAAAGGAGCUCACUGACGACAUCCACAAUGGAAAGAGUGAAUUUUUCGGUUCUGGGAAGCUGCAGGAGCUUUUGAAACUAAUGCCUGAGUCUGGAGAGGUGAAGAAGCUUCUCGCUUUUAAAGGAGACUAUUCAGCACUUUCUGAGGCUGAUCAGUUCAUGGUUCAACUUGUACAGCUUCCAUGCUAUGAGGAACGCCUGAAAUGUUUAGUUCUCAAAGAGGAAUUUCCACAAUUUAUGGAUGAGGUGAAUCAUUCCAUUACCACCAUGACCGCUGCUGGGAACGAGCUGUUGGAUUGUGUUGACCUCCAUUCCGUCAUCCACCUGGUGCUGAAAACCGGGAACUACAUGAAUGCUGAUGGCUACGCUGGCAGUGCUGUGGGAUUCCGCAUGACCUCUCUGCUGAAACUUGUUGACACCAAAGCCAACAAACCAGGAAUGAACCUCAUGCACUAUGUUGUGAUGCAAGCUCAAAAGAGUGACUCUGCUCUGCUGAACUUCCCAGAACAACUCGUACACAUUGCAGAUGCCGCAAGGAUCCACAAGCAGGAAAUUGAAUCAGAAUUCCAAAGAAAAGUGAUCGAAGUCCAGGAGGCGAAGAAAGGCACUGAUAAACAAGCUGACCUGGCCAAACAGAUGCAAGACUUCUUUUUGCAUGCCGAGUCCAGAAUCACCGAAACGCAAGCCUCCCUCCAGACGCUCAAUACAGUCACCGAGUCUGUAUCUGAGUAUUUUUGUGAGGAUCCAAGUGAAUUUAAACUGGAUGAGUGCUGCUCCAUCUUCUGUUCCUUCUGUGAAAGAUUCACUCGAGCCCUUCAGGAAAACAUAGAGCGUGAGAUGGCCGAGGUUAAACGGAAACAGAAGGAGCGACUGCAAUCUGCUGCCAAACGGCGCUCCACAGCCACCUGUUCAUCACGGGAUAGAGACAUGGACGGGAUAGCACUGGAAUCGGUUCUCCAGCAGUUCCUGAAUGUACCCGGGUCUAACAGGAGAGCAAGAACCCCCUCGCCAAGAGGUGCCAAACUGAGAACUGAGAACUCACUACAGAAUAUCCAGCUCAAUAAAGACUCCAAAAAGCAGAGCUGGAAUCUGAACACGUCCCAGUCCUCCAUCGGUAAGGAGAAUUCAGACGACAAAAAGGCAGAGAAGAAAAGUCAACUGUGGAGAAAGUCUCGUGACCAUGCGUCUCUAAUUUGUGAGGACGAGGAAGUUCCGACUGAGAAAGAGGUGCAGACAAUGAGGGAAGUGUCCCAAAGAGUGCUCCGCUACCAGUCUAGCCGUGGGAGCGUGUCUUCUGUAGAAUAUAUUUCCCCGCUCACUUCUCCACAAAGACGUGUCUUUCCAGAGGAUAAGGAAAAACUGCUGACUGUUACAAAUGGUGAGGAUGCAACCAAGCCUCUGAAAAACCCAACGAUUCCAGCUUUGAUUCCUGGCGGUCUCGGGCGUCGACACACAAUCACACUUCCUACGGCGGAUUUGAGCAGAACCGAUUCUGAUGAGGAUAAGUUUGUUCCCGGUGAGCCGCAAAACGAAAGCCCUGGAAAUCAGAUUCCGUCUCUUGGGAAUAUUGGUAGGAUGAAAUCAGUGGACAACUACGUGUUAUCUCCAAGUGAUAGUGAAGGCAAUAAAGUGGUAUCCAGCACUCCGGAGGGCAAAUCUGAGAACGUGAGCACAGCAGAAGUACAGCAAGAGACCGACGAGAGCUUAUCCAGCUCUCAGCAAAAUUCUUCAGUCAAUGGACAGAACAACAGUGCUAAGAGGACCUCUCGAUUCAUAUCUUUUUUUAAACGUUUGGGUGAAAUGAGCAAAAUGAGCAACAGAGAACCUGAGUCUAGUGGUGUGGACAGCUAACAGACAUCCUACAGAUACUGAGACAGGUAGUAGAUAGAGUUUUGUUUUUAAUCCAGAUGCAGUCCAGAAACUGAUCUCUGGUAUACUAAUUCAGGACUUUGAGAUUGCACAGUUCUUAAGUAACAUGGCAAAACUGUACAUUGUUCCUGAGCAGACCUUUCUAGUUUUUGCUUGGCUAAAUAAAUUUAGGAAGAAAUUUGCAUCCAUUGCAGGUGCUUCUGAAUGAUCACAUGGCAGCAGGAGAUAACUGCAGUUCAGCAAGGUUCGAAUAUUGAUAAUGGGACCAGAAUGAGAACAAUCAAUUGCUAUAUAUACUGGAACAAAAAGGUGUGUCCACAGCAAUCAAUCAAUCCAAACCCUUAAAAGUCCUUAAACUCUUAAACCACAGACAAGCCCAGAACAGUUUCUAUGAAUUCAUGGUAUAAAUGUUAAAUCAUCUGCCUAUUAAUGUAAUAACAACUUAUCUAGAAGUUAUUCAGAUGGAAAUCUUAAGAUUUCUGUGUGAAACCACUUUAAAAGUAGGAAAAGGUUCCAGAAAAGGUUCCUUAAAGACUUCUUUGGCAACAUCACAAACAUUGUUGUCCUUUGUCUGCUCCCUGUUUGCGGUCGCACCAGCAGACCAUCUGAUCAGCACAUUUUUUUAUUUGGCAUACACCUGAUGCCCUUCCUGAAACAACCCUCCCAUUUGUAUCUGGGCUUGAGACCAGCAUUGAAAGUUAACACAUUAGUGGCUGGGCUGGUUCUCUGACUGGGAACUGAACCCAGGCCACAGCAGUGGGAGUACAGGAUCCUGCCACUGGAUUGCUAAAUAAUAUUGAAUAAAAAAUAAAUAAAUAAUAGGGUUUGCAUGACCGUACAUUUUGCUAAUUCAAAAAUGAUCUAAGAAAUAAUUUUAUUUACUGACAAUUAUCCAAUAUAAAUAUAACAGACUUAGGAUAAAAAAAAUAUAACUAGGAUAAAUAGGAUAUGAAUAGGAUCAGGAUAUACAGUAUAUCUGAUUUGGGCUAUAAUUUUAGAUCAUUCUAAAAUAGUUCAUUAAAUGCUGAUGAACUACAGCAACAUACUAAGAGCCAUAUACAGUACAGGCUACAAUUUACAUUUCCAGCUUCAGUGCUUUUUGAUGCUGCACUUUUAUUCCAUUUGCCUCGCACCUCUAGGGUUAGAGGUUCGAUUCCCACCUCUGCCCUCUGUGUGUGGAGUUUGCAUGUUCUCCCCGUGCUUCAGGGUGUUUCCUCCAGGUCCUCUGGGUUCUUCCCUUAGUCUAAAGACAUGCAUUGGAUUGGCAUCUCUAAUAUUUAUCAUAGUGUGUGAAUUGGCUGUGUAAGAGUGUGUGUGAUUGUGUCCAGUGAUGGGUUGGAUCCUGGCUCCCUGUAAACAUUGUAGAAUAAGCAAUGAAUGGAUGGAUGGUGGAUAAAUGGAUGGAUGGAUGGAUGGAUGGAUGGAUGGCUGGCUGGAUGGUUGGAUGGAUGGCUGGCUGGCUGGAUGGUUGGAUUGAUGGAUGGAUGGAUGGAUAAUACUGUGUCCAUCAAAAUAGCUCUUGGUAUAGUUUAAUGCCUAGCUUUCUUGAAUGAAAUUAAAGGAGGUUAUGUCUAUAGCAUCGAAUAGGAUUUUAAAUGUUUUUCUUCCAUGUUCGACUUGCAAUGGGAUUAUUAAAACAGUUCUGAAUCAUAUAAAAGUGAUACCCAAAGGAUAAUGCCCCAUUAAAGCAAAGGGAAAUAAAAAAAAAUAGUUUCUUAUACACAAUGUACUAACUGUACAACUGUAGAAUUGGACUAGUAAUGUACAUGUAGUAUGUGUGUCCUUCUCGUCUUCCUUGCUCAUCAUCCUCAAGGCAGAGACUUGUGAAUUUAUUCACUGAAUGUUCUAUGCAGCCCACAUGAAUUACAGAGACAUUUCUCUAAGCUGCAAUACAGCUUAUGUUCCUUUAGAGUGUGCUGUUUGCCAUCAGUGUGAGUGUGUGUAUGUGUGCAUGUUUAUGUGUGUGUGUGUGUCUUCAAUCUAGGUAAAAAUAGCCCAUGUGGAAAAAUCCUAAGAGUAUUUUUCCCCCCAAAAUUAAUAAUGUUCUGGACUUUUUGUAAUAAACUUGAACAGCCUUUUUACAUACACUUUCUUUUCCUUAUUACUUGAUACUCUGGGUCAUGUGUUAAGGUGAAACGUGAAAAAUGUGUUCAGACAUGAUGCUCACUGGUGUUAUGUAAAAUGUUACCUGUGAAUACACACCUUUUGGAUUCCUGACCAUGGCGAAGACUUCAUGUCCAUUUUGGGACAUUUCAUUUGGGACAGUACUGAUUAUACUGGUCAUAACUAAGAUGAAUAAAAGAAAAGAUGUGGAAAUAAAUGAAACACUAGUAUAUGUGUACAAUCUGAAGAGAUUUUAAGGGGUUAAAUAGGUUUUGUAAUAUAUUUAUAGGAUGUGUGUGUAAUACUGAAGACAGGAAGCAAGGAUGUUUUCUUUACCUGUUUGAUUUUGAUGUGUUUCCUGCAGUUUUAUAUUUAACAUUAUGUCAGUGUCGCACUGUAUUCUCAUGCUCUUAUGUUUCACUGUAGUAUUAUACGGGAAACCUUUUCUAAUGUCCGACAUUAGUCACGAGCAUGUCUUUCUAUUGAUAUAAAUGUGUAGAAAGUAGGAAUCUGGGACUACAUCCAUCAGGACGAGCAUUAUAGAUAUUUAUUACUAAAAUAUUUUCUUUUCCUAGGCCAAGCAUUAAAACUGUCCAUGCAAACAUAGACGUCUUCUGUUCCUGUUAUAAAAUUUCCUUUAGUACAAGUGUUUCCAUUGAGUCCAGAUCUAAAUAGACUAAAUGUUUGUUCCAGAAUGGUUACAUUUAUG